AUGCUCGGGCUAUCAUGGGCACAGCUCUGGGGAGCUGCCCUGCUGCUCCUCAAUACCCAGUCGGCUAUGACGCAGCUGACCAUCCAGGUCACUGACAAGGACUCUGUCGUCAAGGCCGGGCAAGCCAUCGCCAAGCCUAUGAUGAAAUUCUACCACGAGAACGAAACCGAGGGUAUUCCCGGCAAGCUCACAGACACCUGGUACGUUGCUGGGUCCAUGUUCAUGACUUGGAUCCAGUAUUGGUCGGUCUCGAAUGUCGACACCUAUAACGAUGUGGUGCAACACGACCUGAUGUUCCAGUCUGGUCGAGAUUACAACUAUUUCGACUCCAACUACAGUCAAUGGCUGGGAAAUGACGACCAGAUGUUCUGGGGUCUUGCGACCAUUACUGCGUCCGAAACCGAAUUCAAGGAGGUCAGCGGCAAGCCGUCGUGGACAUCUCUUGCCGCCGCCGUUUUCAACAUGCAGAUUGGCCGGUGGGAUAUGACCUCCUGUGGAGGUGGUGAGCGCUGGCAAAUCUGGCCCAUCCAGAAUGGUUACGCGAUGAAGAACGCGAUCUCCAAUGGUGGACUCUUUGCGCUGGGAGCGCGGCUUGCUCGCUUCACCAAGAACGAGACCUACGUCCAGUGGGCCGACAAGAUCUGGGAUUGGUCGCAGGAAAGCCCAAUUUUGAACAACGAAACUUACUUCAUUUGCGACUCGACUUCGUCCUUGGACAACUGCGCAAAGGGUGAUCACACGCAGUGGACUUACAACUAUGGCACGUAUUUGCUGGGUGCGGCCUAUAUGUACAACUAUACCAAGGGCGACGACCGGGCAAAGUGGGAGAAACGGGUCGACGGGCUCCUCGAGACGACUUUCAAGACGUUCUACCCUAAGCAGUAUGGCGGCAAUGUUCUUUCCGAUAUUACCUGCGAACCGGUGAACAAAUGCGACCGAAAUCAGCUUUGUUUCAAGGGAUACCUCUCGAUGUGGCUUGCCACGACCGCCAUCCUCGUUCCUUCGACUCGCGACAAGAUCACUCCCAAACUGCAAGGGUCGCUCGAGGCGGUCGCGAAGAUCUGCUCUGGAGAGUCGGAUAAUCUCUGUGGUUUGCGGUGGUACGAUGAUCACUGGGAUGGAACCAAGGGGCUGGAGGUCCAGAUGGCGGCGCUUGGCGCCGUGUCGUCGGUUCUCAUGCUGCUGAGCGAAGGCAAGGGCCCGAGCAACGUUGACAGCAACCCCGAUGCCAAGGAAGCGCCCAUCGACACCGGAGGCGGUAACAAGGACAGUGAUAUUAGCACCCGACCCAUCACCACCGGUGACAAGGCUGGUGCCUGGAUCCUCACCGUUUUGACCGGCGGCUUGGCCGCUGGUGGAGUGACGUGGCUGUUGAAGGCAAGCUGA